AAACCCCCCCUCUCUCUCUCUCUGCAAAUCACAUUCAGUCUACUACUCUACUCCUUACCCUACAGCUCCAGAUCACUUUCUCUCUCUCUAGAAAUGCUGAUUCUCACUGUAAUCAUGUGCAGACCUAGUUAGGUUAGGGUUAGGUGGCUUUGCGGAGAUUCGAUUUUGGUUCCAAAUCUGGAAUCGAUUCUAUGGGAAACUGCUGCAGAUCUCCGGCCGCAGUCGCCAGGGAGGACGUCAAGUCUUCAAACUUCUCCGGUCACGGCGACGCCCGGAAGGAUCGCUCCGGCGGAGCCACAGCGAAGAAGACGAUCACUGUCCUCACUGACGUUUCAGAGGAGAACAUCGAGGAGAAGUACUUGGUCGAUAGAGAGCUCGGUCGAGGCGAGUUCGGAGUCACGUACCUCUGCAUUGAACGCGACACGAAGGAGUUGUUGGCUUGCAAGUCGAUUUCGAAGCGGAAGCUUCGGACGGCGGUCGAUGUGGAGGAUGUGAGGAGAGAGGUGGCGAUUAUGAAGCAUUUGCCGAAAGAUUCGAGUAUUGUGAGCUUCAAGGAGGCUUGUGAGGAUGAUAAUGCGGUUCAUUUGGUGAUGGAGUUGUGUGAGGGAGGCGAGUUGUUCGAUCGGAUUGUUGCGCGAGGGCAUUAUACGGAGCGUGCUGCGGCGGCUGUUACUAGAACGAUUGUGGAGGUUGUGCAGCUCUGUCAUAGACAUGGAGUGAUUCACAGAGAUUUGAAGCCUGAGAACUUCUUGUUUGCGAGUAAGAAGGAGAAUUCGCCUUUAAAAGCGAUUGAUUUUGGCUUGUCAAUCUUCUUUAAGCCAGGUGAAAGGUUCUCUGAAAUUGUUGGAAGCCCAUAUUACAUGGCACCAGAGGUGCUCAAGCGGAAUUAUGGACCAGAAAUAGACAUAUGGAGUGCAGGAGUAGUACUCUACAUAUUAUUGUGUGGGGUUCCUCCAUUUUGGGCUGAAUCUGAACAAGGUGUUGCACAGGCCAUUCUUCGUGGGAUAAUAGAUUUCAAACGGGAACCAUGGCCAAAUAUUUCGGAGAGUGCUAAGAGUUUGGUUCAGGUUCAGAAGAUGUUGGAGCCUGAUCCAAAGCUUCGACUAACUGCAAAACAAGUCCUUGAGCAUGCUUGGCUUCAAAAUGCCAAAAAAGCUCCAAAUGUUCCACUUGGUGAUGUUGUCAAGUCAAGAUUGAAGCAGUUCUCGAUGAUGAAUAGGUUCAAGAGGAAGGCCCUGAGGGUUAUUACUGAUUUCUUAUCCAUUGAAGAAGUUGAAGACAUCAAGGAAACGUUCAGAAAGAUAGACACUGAUAAUGAUGGUAUUGUUUCUAUUGAAGAACUAAAAGUUGGUCUUCAAAAGCUUGGUUCACAGCUUGCAGAGUCUGAACUACAAAUGCUUAUUGAAGCUGUAGAUACUAAUGGGAAAGGAACCUUGGACUGUGGAGAGUUUGUUGCUGUUUCCCUGUAUCUACAAAGAAUGGCUAAUGAUGAGCAUCUCCGAAAGGCUUUCUCCUACUUUGACAAGGAUGGUAAUGGUUUCAUCGAGCCAGAUGAGCUUCGGGAUGCCUUGAUGGAAGAUGGAGUGGAUGAUUGUACAAAUGUAGCAAAUGACAUCUUCCAUGAGGUUGACACAGACAAGGAUGGGCGAAUCAGCUAUGAUGAGUUUGUGGCUAUGAUGAAAACUGGGACAGAUUGGAGAAAGGCUUCUCGACAUUACUCAAGGGGGAGAUUCAACAGUCUAAGCGUGAAGCUGAUGAAGGAUGGUUCUCUGAAAUUGGGGGAGUAAGAGCCAUGCAUGGUUGAUUUUCAGACACGCAUACAAGAAAGUACUAUAAUCGUUACCCCAUAUAUAUUGAACUUGAACCUUCUUUCGUGAUUAUUUGUGGGACUUUAUUGAUUAGGUGGGGGCACUAUUGAUUGCUGGCUUCCGAGGACCAUGGACGGGGUAAGUACAUAUAAUCUACCUCUUCAAAAUGUUAAAUGUGUAGAAUUCACAUGCCUUAAAGCCUUGGUUACAUCUGUGAUUCUGUCCUAAGUGCUUCAACCUUCUGCCUGUAUUUCUGGUUGACAAUGUGACAUUGUUGGACUCUCUCUAGUGUUGUGGCAUAUUCUUCUUGGAGAAAUAUGAAGGCCUUGCAGCGGACUUCUGUAAAUAAACGAUACAUGCACUUGACAUCCACACACACAGACUUGUCAGGAAUUUUUGUUUUUGUUUUUUUUUUUGUUUUUUGUUUUUGGUUUUUUUGCACAGCAUACUAGGGAACAACUAGUUUACAUAUUGGUUUGGCUUUAAACACCAAGUAGUUGUAUGCUUAUAUACAAUGUGGUCAUGCUUCAAGCCUUAUGUAGGCUACAAAUUUGUGCUAGAUUGUAAAAUUUCAUGUGUUCUUUUGUUUUUUA